AUGUCGGACUCAGAUGAUGAAAGUUCUCAUUUUAAGGAUAAUCCUAACUUCGAAGAAUGGUGCGAUACCAUUUCAGAAUACCUAUUCGAAUUAAAUGGAUGCCUCGCCACUAUGAAUCAUUUUAUCAGUGCUUUAGAAAAGAAUGUAUCACAAGGUAAAACUAAUAGUAAAGUUAUCGAGAAUAUAAAUACCAAGACUCUUCAACUUAUAGAAAAGAGUAAAGGGUUGGUUUCAUCCAUAAAUGAGUAUAUUCAUAAAGUAAAUGCGUUGGAAGAAACAACAUUGGAUAAACCACACUUAAUUACCAGGGAGAAGUUGACUAGGGAUGUCAAAUUCUCAAUUCAAGAGUUUACGAAAUAUCAACAGGAGUUUUUGGCAGUUACCAGAAGGAUAAACGCUGUAGCCAAGGAUGCCUUAAAACAAGAAGAGGACAAGCAAAGCCACUCUUUCUCCGAACAAAUAUUGUUAGAAGAUGAGGAAAGAUCGCAGCAACAACAGCGCCAGAAGACACAACAAUCACAGGUAGUAAUCGAACGGGAGCCAAUAAAUAAUGAAGAAUUUGCCUAUCAACAACAUCUCAUAAGGGAAAGAGAUCAAGAGAUUUCAAAUAUUGAAAGAGGUAUCACAGAAUUAAAUGGUAUAUUUAAAGAUUUGGGUGGAUUAGUACAACAACAAGGGCAACUUGUCGAUAGUAUAGAGGCUAAUUUGUACAAUGUUGCAGACAAUACUAGGAGUGCAGCAAACGAGCUAAACAGAGCUAUGAGAUCUGGGAGUAGUACUCGCAAAUUAAAACUAUACUUCUUAUUAAUAUUACUAUUCUUUUUACUAUUGACAACACUAGCAGUAUUUAGUUGA